AUGGAUACAUUUACAAAUGCAUAUGAUGAAAAAAUUCGUCCUCUUAUGGAUAAAAUAGAUCAAGCUCGAUCAUUAUUAUCAUCAGGUAUUGAUGGUGUUACAUUUCCAACUGUUGUUGUAGUUGGCGAUCAAUCAAGUGGUAAAUCAACAUUAUUAGAAUCAUUAUCAUUAGUAGAACUUCCAAAAGGUUCAGGUAUUGUUACUCGAUGUCCACUUGUUUUAAGAUUACGUAAAUCUAAUCAACGACGUGUAUAUCGUUUAAAUAAUGAUAAUCAAAAAAGUUUAUUAGAUGAAGCGAAACUAAAUAUAUUGAAAUAUAUUGAAGAUGAAACAAAGAUAUUAGCUGGUGAUCAUAAGAAUGUUGUUCAUGAUUUAAUUGAAUUAUUAGUUGAAGAUCCUAAUGUACGAGAUUUGACUGUAGUAGAUUUGCCAGGUAUAGCACGUAAUCCAAUAGCUAAUCAGCCAGAAGAUAUUCAUAAACAAACAACAAAUUUAAUUCGUAAGUUUAUUAAGCGAGAAGGUAGUGUUAUUUUAUGUGUUUUUCCUGCGAAUGUUGAUGUUGCAACCGUCGAAUCAUUUACAUUAGCUCGUGAAUUUGAUCCAUCAGGAAUUCGAACAAUUGGAGUUAUAACAAAGUCGGAUCUUGCUACAAAUAAUGAUACAAUAAUACAACAAUUAUUAAUGGAAAAACCUGAUGUUCUUAAGUUAAAAUUAGGUUUUAUUGCUGUACGUAAUCGUAGUACAGAUGAAAAAAUUUCUCUUGAUGAGUCACGACAACGUGAAAAAGAAUUUUUUCGCGAACAUUUUGCUUCGUCUGGAGUUGGAUCGCAUUGUCUGGGUAUCGAUGCACUCAUCGAUCGUCUAGCUGAUUUAUAUUCUGAUCGAAUAAAUGAAACAUUUCCAAAAAUAAGAUCAGAAAUACAACGAAAACUUAAAGAAGUUCAUGAUCAACUAUCAAAACUUCCACCAAAUUUAGAAACCCCAUCAGCACGUUUGGCAAAAUAUUAUGAAUUAGCUGAUUUUUAUGUCGAAAAUGUUCUCAAAAUACGUUUAUCAAGUACAAAUGAUGGUGAACAGAAUAGUAUGAUAAAUAGUCUACAUAUUAAAUUUCAAAAAUUUCAACGAAUCAUUGAUAAAUAUACGCGAGAACUAUUUACAGCUAAAUACCAUACGAAAGUAAAAAACGCUAUGGCAGCUUGUUUUGGUGAGCAACUCCCAAAUUUUCUCCCACAUCCAGUAUUAAAAAAUUUAAUAUGUGCAACACUUGAUCAACUCUGGUGCGCUACAAAAAGUCUAAUUAAGGAUUGUUUUAAUGAAAUAUCAAAAGUACUAUUAGACAAUGAUGAUCGCGUAUGCAAAAAUGAUAUUCUAUUAACAAAAUUAUUACCUGUAUUCCGUAAGAAUGUCACUUCAUAUUUAAAUAAGAAAAAACAAGCAGUACAUGAUCAAUUAGAAGGAUUAAUUCGUUUAGAAAAACAAGAACCAUAUACUACAAAUCAUUAUUAUAUGGAUAAAAUUAAUGAAUUCAAAGAUGUUUUUACGAAAUCUAAAGGAAAAAAUGCGACAGGAAAUCAAGUAACCACAUCGAUGUCAGAUGAAAUGGAUAAAUUAAUGUUUAAUUCAAUUUCUAAUGAUGAUCAAGCAGUACGAGAAAUGUUAAUUAGUAUAUUUUCCUAUUGGAAAGUAUUGACAAAACGAUUUAUUGAUUAUGCAUCAUUAUCAUUACGAGAAGGAUGUGUUUUUGAUGUAUGUUCUGGUAUUCGACAUCGAUUGAGACAUGUUCCUAUUCAACAAUGUGAUUUCAUCGAUUCAUAUCUUCUGGAAGAUGCAUUUAUUCGCAAUCAAAGAAAACAAUUACAACAAACAAAAGAAAGAUUAGAAAAAGUUCAUGCAAUACUUGAUGGUCACAACAUAUUAAGUGAUUCUAAUGACACAUAUACAAAUGUAAUAGAAAACGAUGACAAUACAUUAUUAACAAUUGAUGAAUUAGAACAGAAUCUUACUGGAAAUAAUGAUAGUGAGAAUGAAGAUUUUGAAGACGGACUUUUGGAUGAAUAA